AUGAGCGUGCGGAUUGUCCUGGUCGGCUACGGCCGGAUGGGCAGGGCGAUAGACGCGCUGAGCACCGAGCACGACUGCCAGGUGGUCGAACGCCUGGACGUCCACAACAACCGUCACGGCGAGGGCAUCGAUUCACCGUCGCUGGCCGAUGCCGACGUGGCGAUCGAGUUCUCGCUGGCCGAUUCGGUCGCUUCCAACGUCGAGAAGCUGGCCGCUCGCGGCAUCAACGUCGUCGUCGGCACCACCGGCUGGGAAGACCGGGAAGCGGAGGUCCGGCAGGUCGUGGAAAAGGCCGGGAUCGGCGUGGUGCACGCGGCGAACUUCUCGCUCGGCGUCAACCUGUUCCUGGCCGUCGUGGAGCGGAGCGCGGCCCUCCUUGCGCCCUACGAGGACUUCGGGAGCUGGAUCCACGAGGGGCACCACGCCGCCAAGCAGGACGCCCCGUCCGGCACCGCGCUGGCGCUUCGGACGGCGAUGGAGUGGGCGGGCUAUGCGCGCAGCAUCGACGUCUCCUCCACGCGCGCCGGCAGGAUGCCGGGUACGCACACCGUAGGGUACGACGGCCCGUUCGACACGAUUACGCUGACCCACACGGCCCGCGACCGGUCGACGUUCGCGCGGGGCGCGCUGGAGGCGGCACGCUGGGUGCGCGGCAGGCGCGGCUGGUUCACGAUGCGCGACGUGCUCGGUAUCGACUGA